AUGGUAACUCCUCCUCCUCUUCUAGUAACUACUCCUCCUCCUCCUCUGGUAACAACUCCACCUCCUCCUCUGGUAACAACUCCUCCUCCUAUGAUAACUCCUCCUUCCGUUGCCAAAAUAAACUUAACUUCCCCUCCUCCUUUGGUAACUACUCUUCCUCCUCUGGUAACAACUCCUCCUCCUCCUUCGGUAACUCAUCCUCCUCCUCUAGUAACUCCUCAUUCGGUAACUCUUCCUCCUCCUUUGGUAAAUACUCAUCCUCUUCCAAGUGGGCCUAUGCACAUAGGAAACAUUGAAACAAAACAUUGA